GGUUGUGGAGAAACCUGCCUGUCUGCUCGGAGCUGAGAGAGGAGGAGCCUGCGGGGUGUGGGACUCCAGACAAAGGAGGCAUAAACACACUGACACUGGAUCACUGGAGCAAAAGGAGAGGAAGACGACUGGCAAGCUUCACUUAACAGGGACAGAGACGAUCCCCCCAACCCCUGGACUACUUGUGCUGUGUUUUGGAAAACUUUUUCUUUUUUUUUGCGUGUGUGUGUGUGUGUUUAUCAGCUGUAUGGAUCUGUUCGUGGGCCGAGAGAUGUUUGUGCUGGAGCAGCGGUUGCCAUAUGUUCCCCACAGUGUGUAGGAGUGUGUGGGCUUGGUGUGUCUGGGAUGGAAAAGUGGGGCUGGCACGACCAACAGCUCCUCUCUUAGCUUUACGCCAUGGGGGGUUGCCAUAGUUACCCCUCGGCAACGAAGGCGGACGAGAAGACUCUCCAGCCUUCUGACUUCAGCAAUGACAAAAGGGGAAUUAAUAACAAUAAUCAGGAAGAGAGGCCAUAUCUGCAGCAGCAGUUCGUGUGCCAGCGCAUCACACACACGGACAUCUUCACCCUCAUAGCGCUGCCGCCUGGCGUCGACAAGGCAGAGUGGCUUGCCAGCAACACUGUGGCAUUUUUCAAGCACAUAAACCUGUUCUCCAGCGCGCUGUCGGAGUUCUGCACUCCCAGCACCUGCCCCAACGCCUGUGGACCGGGCAACACGGUUUAUUUUUGGACUGACGACCAUGGCAGGAAGCUGAAGUGCUCCGCUCCGCUUUACUUCGACUAUGCCAUGUCGUACAUUCAGGAUCUGCUGACUGAUGAAGACGUGUUCCCCACAAAAGCAGGCUCCGUGUUUCCUACCGGCUUCUUCCUUCUGGUCCAGAAGGUGUUUUUGCUGUUGUUCAGGACUCUCGCUCACAUUUACUGGGCUCACUACAGAGAGGCGCUCGCGCUGGGCCUGCACCCCCACCUCAACACACUUUUCACGCACCUCACUCUCUUCUGCCGGCAGCAUGCUCUGCUGGAUCAGGAAGACGUUGAGCCGCUGCAGGACCUCAUCGCAGCCCUGGGACGGCAGGCCUGAAGUGAAGAAGACAAACGCUAAGAUAUCGUACGCUCACGUUCUCAACACACUCGUAUUUAUUUGUUACAGCUGGUUGCAUCUCGGCGCUCUGGGCCAAACUUUAACUUCACGGGCGUGGACUUUUUGGAAGACGAGUCUGGAAGUUGUAACAUGACAGACAGGAAAAUGCAGACAAGAGUAUCUGGCUCCUGUUAUAUAUAUAGCUAAUGUGUCAUUGUAUGAUUAAUAUUGCAUGUUUUUUUUGUUUUUUUUUUUAUGUACUGGUGCACUGUUUUGUUUGUGAUGAGGUCAAGGUCUUCGGGAUCAUUCAUGUCUUCCUUACCGUAAGACGCCACCAUGAAAAAUGUUAUCUUGUUUGUUUGUUUUUUUUUGUUUUUGUUUUUUAUGAUUUCUCUAAAAGACAAACAAGCCAAGCUGGUGCCAUCAUCGUACUUGGAUGUGAAUACGUUAUAAUCUCAUCUGUGAGAAAAACUUUUUUUGUUUUUCUGCAUCUUCGUGUAUGAUUCUCUAUUCUGUAAUAAACAUUUGUGCCAUA